CAGAGUUGUCAAAAUUUCAAAAUAAUCGAAAUUAAUCCAGACACAUUGGGUGCAUACCACAUCCAAUUCUCUGUAAAAUGUCCAGACCGCCGGCUGUUAGGGAGCGAAAGCCUGGGAUUGGGAGUAACCCUCAAUUUGAGGCCAGGAGGAUUUCGACUUCAAAGACUUCGGAUAGCGAGCCGAGUGGUUCGAGGAAAUAUCUGAAAAGUGGCCAAACCGAAAGGGUUCCUAUUGAAACUCAAGGAAGAAAUAAUGGCCUUCCGGAUAAUGGCUACGAUGCGGGUCUGGAUACCGUUGAUGCCAACGAUUACGACAGAGAUGAGAUGGCAAUCAAGCAUUCGAGGGAUCGCAGGCGCCUAAACUCUUUCGUUUACCCAGAACCGAUUCCAUCCAAUCGACUUGGUGGAUUUUUACGCGCCCUGGCUCGCAGUUUGCAUCAUUGUUCGAUGAGGAUUGCCGCCGGAUUCGGUUUGAGCCGCCAACAGGCCGCCUGGUACAAGAACUGCUGGAACACUAGACCGGACUCCCAGCCCAAGGGAAUCAAUCUGCUGUGUACUCACAAGAAAAUUGAAGAACACUCUGCGCCAAAUUUAAAUUCAAAAACACAAACAGAACCUCGAAAAAUUGCAAGUUCCACAACUCUUUGAGGUUCUAAACUAUAAUUUUGCUUCAUUUUGAAACCCUCUGCAAUAAAAAUUUAUGGUGGCUUAGAAAGGGGAGGGCUUUAAAGGACUUUAUUCCCAAUUUAAGGUUCCAGUUUCUUCAAACUUAAUAAACUGCCCAGCAUUACUCUCCAA